CAAAAAGAUAUCUAAUUAAAAAUUUAGCGAACAGACAAUGUUUCGUUUAUUUUCGCUAAAAAAUAUAAAUAGAUUAGCUAUUAAUUAGCGGCCUUUAGAAUGCAUAAGAAGAUCUAAUUCUUCUUUUCUUAGUAAAGUGAUUUCUUAAAAUACUUUAAUGGCUAGAAUGCAGCCCACUUAUCCUUUUCAUUGUUUUAAAUCCUUCUAUACAUUUUCUGCAGCCAAGCCUUAGCCUCCUAAAGAUAAUUAAUAAUAAUAGUAGCAGUAAUAGUAGUAGAAGUCAAAUAUAUAAUAGUAAGGGACAAGUUAAGCAGGAUAAUCCUUUAAGGAAGAUGAUCAAAAAGCAAAGGAACUUGAGUUGAUAUUUUCAAAAUAAAAGAGAUAAAAACAGGAGGAAAAGUUUGAUCCUGAAUAGAAAUUAGCAGAAUUCGAAAAAAAGGUUAAAAAUACUAAUUUGAAUGUAAUAAAGAGAGAGCUAUUUAAUGAUUCAAUGCAAUUGCCAAUUAAGUUUUUAGCAUAUAAUUUUGCAGGACACGCAUCUGUUGGUACUUUCCUUGCAGAAUUAUGCCGUUCAUCUAUUGAUGCAGUGAAUCAUUUAGUACUUUAUUUUGCAAAUUAUAUUGAUGUUAAGCCAAGUAAACGCUAUCCAUAAGGUUUAGAAAAUAUAAAGCAGUUAAUUGUUUUAAUACCUUCAUCUCUAUUCGUUUCAUUUGGAGCUUACACUAUUUACUCAGCAUUUACAGAAUAUUUAGCGGCAGGUCCAGCUGUGGCAGCAUAAUCUGAUAAUAUCUAUUCAAUUUUACUCUAUUUAGCAAGUUUUUGUAUUGAAAUAUCCGUUAUUGCUUACAAUAUUAGAGAUUCAUUGAAAAUGUAGAAUAUAAAUUCAACAUAAUAAACUAAUUAAAAAUUGUCUUUGUUCUAAAUUAUGAAAACUUUAGUAGCAAAAAAAGACCCUCUUCUUUAAGCUAUUCUAUAUGAAAAUAUGAUCACACUAAUGAGUAUGAGCGUUCCUCUUAUGGUAGGAAUCAGUAACAUGAUCAUUCCAUCAAAUCUCCCUGAAUUUAUUGGGCAAAUAGUCAUAGGGUCAAUUUAAUUAUUGUUAGGAUAGCGUUUAUUCAAAGAAGUAGCAUCAACAAUUUUAGGUAAAAGUGUUGAUGAAGAGACUAUGAAUGAUAUUCAUAAUGAAAUUAUGAAGAAUCCUUAUGUAAAGAGUAUUAGAGACGAAAAAGGUAUUAUGUCUGGAUCAGUUAGAUUUAAAUACUAUGCUAUUGUUGAAUAUGAUUUUGAAUAACUUAAUGAGGAUGCUAUGGAAGAUUACAGAUAAAUGAGUGAUUAUAUUAUUUACAGCUAGGAUUACAAAGAUAGAUAGGAAGAACUUGAAGAAUUAAUGGAAAGUUUUCCAAUUAGAUUGUUAAAGGAAGUUAAAAGAUAGGAGUAGUUGAUUUUGGAAAGUAUCAAAAUAAAAUAUCCAUAGUGUGAUUAUUUGGAUUUAAAUAUUGACACAGAUAAGCUCUAUUAAUUCUUAGAUGAUGAAGAAAAAAUAAAAAACUCAUUCCAUCAAGAAAUAUCAAGUGAAGACGAAGAAAAAGAAGAAAGUGAAAAUGACAAAUUGAUUAGAGAGUGGAUUAUCACAACUAGUUAAUAAAUGUUGGAAAAGAAAUUCACCAAAUAAAAGUAAAUUAUAGUAAAAACCAAAGAUUAAUAGUUUUAUGAAAAUCUUCACUUUAAAAUUAAUCCAAAACAUUACUCAAAUAAUAUUCAUCGCAUCUUCAUUCAAGAAAAAGCUCUUGUUCAUGAAUAACAAAGGGCUUAAAUUAUAGAGGAAGAUUUAAAUUACGAUGAUUGCUACAAAAAUAACGAAGACCCCAUUUGAUUUCAUAGAUAAAAUAUAUUAAGAUAAAAAUUCUAUUAGCAAAAAUGAUUUUUUGCAUUCUCAACUUUAUUAUUGAAAUUUUAUAACUAAUUUAUAUAUUGUUUAUACUUUUAAUUUAUUAAAGAUAUUCUUCU